AUGUUGCAGAAAAAAAUUAUUUUUCUUCUAAUUUUCUCAAUUUUCUGCAUCAAUUCAACAAAUUCGCUUCCAAAAUCUAAAAAAUCAUCAAUUUCUGACAAAGAUCGACAAAGAUUUCAGCUAUGGAAGCAAAAGCACAAGAAAAGCUAUCAAUCAACAGCCGAUGAAGAUAAAGCGAUGGAAAAUUUGGUUAAAAACCUUAAAGAAAUUGAAACUCACAAUGAACUGUAUGCAGCAGGCAAGACAACAUACACGAGAGCUCUGUGGGACAAUUCUGACUUAACUUUUGAAGAAAAGCAGCAGUUCCUGAGUGGUGAAAAAGUUUUCGAACCCAGAAAUGAGUCAGCAACUUUGCGAUUUGUUCGAGCUGCAAAAUUCAAAUCAGCACCGCCGGAACUCAACUGGGUUAAAGAAGGUCGCGUCAAUCCAAUUCAUGAUCAAAAGAAAUGUGGAAGUUGCUGGGCAUAUACAGCUGCUGGAGUCGCUGAAGGGGCCCUCCUGAAAAAAGGAAUCAACACGCGACUUUCAGAACAAAAUUUAGUCGAUUGCAGUAAAAAUGGUGGAAAUUCUGGAUGUAACGGUGGUGAUGCUUACUAUGCUUUAAAGUAUAUAGCAAGUAAUGGAAUAGCUGCAUAUGAAGACUAUCCAUACACAGCUAAGAAUGGAAAGUGCAAAGCAUCAUCAUCUAAGAAAGUGCCUUUGAAACUUGGAAAUGUAAAAUUUGAAAAGCUACGUGGCAAUGAAAAUCGAUUGAAGGACAUUGUAGCCAACUAUGGACCAGUUGGAAUUGCUAUUCGUGCUGCCGAUAGCUUUAUGAAUUAUGAAUCUGGAGUUUACAACAAUCCAAAAUGUUCCAGAAAUUUAGAUCAUGCGAUGCUCCUCGUUGGCUAUGGACAUGAUAACAAGACAAAUAUGGAUUAUUGGUUAAUUAAAAAUUCUUGGGGCACAUCAUGGGGUGAAAAUGGAUACGUACGUAUGGCUAGAAACAAAAAUAACCAAUGUGGAAUUGCUGUUGAAGUUUCCUAUAUUGUAUGAUAUAAUUUUGCUUAUCAACC